AUGAACGGCACUCGCGUCAUCAGCGCCGCAUAUGGUCGCGAUUCAGACUGCACAGUCAGGCUGAAGUCGAACAAUACGCUGUUUGAGGUGCUCUUAUCUACGGAAUCUCCAAAGACCUCCAUAGAAUACCGAUACCUACAGCGGAUUUCAGACCAAGAUGAAACUCUUGUUGAUCAAGCUUUCGAAGACCUUUACGACGAGCUCUCUCUACUGAUCCUGCCUUACAUCGAAGUGGCGUCGGUCCAGGAAGAGACUCCACCUGUUCGAAGCCAGACGCUUCAUGAUGUACUGCAUCCGUCUAAAAUGCGAUUUUGUUUGCGAACGAAUGACGGCCAGGCAACCCUUUGCCCAAAACCGGAGUCCCCCACCCUCGAAGCAAGUGACGCUUGGCAACCCCAUAUCAAGGAAUUCGCUGGACUACCUGUCUUCGUGUCAUCAGAGAUUGAAGUCUUAAAAGUCCUACAAAUGGAUCGAGCCUUCAAGGUGUCGAAAGAUGGGACCACAUUUUGCGCCAAAAUCUCGCGGGGCCUAUCCGAUCGACACUCUAUGAGCAGGGAGAUAGCAUGCCUUCAUCGCCUUCGCGAAGCUGGCAUUACUCCAUUGCGCUACCCGACUAUUCAUGGGCUUGUCGUCCGAGAUGAUCACAAUGAGAGUGUUGUGGGGUUCGUGAUGGAAUACAUUGAGCCUCGCGUAAAUCUACACGCCGAUCUAUCUGCCUGGAAUGAUGACGUAUAUCAUUGGGCCGACACCAUUGAGCGAACUAUCCGUGAGUGGCACGAACAUGGUAUCAUUUGGGGCGAUGCAAAGGUAGACAAUAUCAUCAUAAGAUCUGACGGAGAUGGAACCCAGUUGAAACCCUGUAUUGUGGACUUUGGCGGUAGCUGGUCAAGUGGCUGGGUUGACCAGAGCCUUUGUGAGACAAAAGAGGGCGAUCUGCAAGGCAUACAUCGGAUACGUGAGUUUCUGUGUCGGACUGCGCGCCCUAAGGAACUACGAUGUGAUACUGUUCACCUGGGGCAUUCCGUCCAUCAACAAGAAGCCAUCAAACCUGCGGACGAUUCUGAUCUACUUCAAUCUUACCCAGAGGCAUAG